GUACAUUUGUAUACAUAUACAACGUUAAGAUAAUUAAAUAUUAAUAUUUAUUUAUAAUUCAUACAGUGUUUCAGUUUAUAAACUAAAUUUUAAGAAUAAAAUAUAGUAAAUAUUGUAUGGAACAAUUCAGAAGUGAUAUCUGUGAUUGAUGGAAAUAACUAAAAAUUAAAAACAAACUUUCAUUCAGUGAUCUACUUUUGUAACAUUCAUCAACAUAAUUUUUUGACAGAUUCAUAUAUAAAAAAAAAGUUUUAAUUAUCACGAUAGUCACGAUAUAAAGUGGCUUUGAUCCUGAGAUAUAAAGAAAAAGAAGAUAUAAACUUAUAUUUACAAACAAGAACGGCAAUGCAUUGUCCUUAAGGAAGACAUAAGUUUUUAUACUAAAAAUCUAGUGAGAAAUGUUUUUCAUUAACUAUUUUCUAUUUAUUUAGAAUAAAUUAUGCAAGGAAAAAUAUAAUUGUCAAUUAACUGCCAGAUUUUUCAUACAAUCAGCACUCAAGAUUUACGAAUGAGGACAGGACCAAAUGUUAUAGGAUUACAAUAAUGCUACAUCGGUCUUAUAGUCUUUUAAGUUUUAUUCGACGAAAUGUCAUUUGUCACUGUGCAGACCGAUUGUACGUUUUUCACAUCGGAGUGGCUAAAAAGCACACAAGUAUUUUUAUUACAUCAAAAUAUGUUCACGUUAUAUCGAAAACACAAAAGAUUUUCAAUAAUAACAACAAUACAUCAGCGAGAAAAAUUGGCGAAUUACGAUGGAUACAUGCCUCUGCCUCAAGAUUUAUAGCAGGGAAAAUUGAAGAGAAAUCUGAGAAAAUUGUCGAACAACCACUCAAGCAGAAGGUAAUUGAACAUGAUAAGAAAAAAUUGGGUAAAGUCAAAGAAAGAGACUUGGAAGUAAAAGCAGCAAAUUUAGAGGAUAUUGUUAAGAAAGAUGAAAAAUUUGUUAAAGAAAAGAAAAAGGAGGAGAAAAUCGUCGAGAAAGAAAUAGGAAAGGAUGAAAAUUUAAUUCCAAAAAAAGCAGUGAAAAAAAGAGUGAAACUCGAUUUAACUGCUUCGUCGUUAGAGCGAAAUUUUAUUACACCAGUGAGAGCGAUGUCGGAUUUUUUACUUAAACCUUCAGACUUAGAAUCACUGCCAAAAACAAAAAGACGAUCGCCCUAUGAAUUUGAACCACCGAUCACUGUCUAUUGGAGAAAGGAUGUCGAAGCAAAAGCACUAGCAGUUUGGGGUUCUCAAGAAGCUCUUCUAAAAGAACUUUUGAAAAAGGAACUGGAAAUCAAAACUUACCAGCAAAAUAUUUUUACUGUAAAGCGAAUGUUAAGAGACUAUCGGCGACAAGUUAAUCAUAAAACUAAAAAUGUUGCACCGGAAGGUCUUUUUGGAAGAUCUGGAAGAGUUGUUGUUACUGCAAUAGUAAUAAAUGCUUGUAACUUUCUUUUCAAAUUAUUUGCCUGGCUCUAUACUGGAUCUCACAGUAUGUUCUCGGAAUGUAUUCAUUCAGCUGCCGACACAUGUAAUCAAUUAAUUUUAGCCUACGGAAUUCACAAAUCCGUUCAAAAUCCAAAUCCAGAUCAUCCUUAUGGUUACACGAAUAUGAAAUAUGUUUCUUCUUUGAUAUCAGGUGUAGGAAUUUUUUGUGUGGGAACUGGUCUUUCUGUUUAUCAUGGAAUGCACGGUCUUCUAUUUCCUGAGCCCGUUGAUUCUUUUUAUUGGGCAUAUUUUAUUUUAGGUGGUUCCUUAGUUUCGGAAGGCGCAACUUUAAUGGUGGCAAUUAAUUCCAUUAAAAAAGGAGCUUUAGAGAAACGACUAAAGUUUAAAGAAUACGUAUUAUCAGGGCUGGAUCCUUCCGUCAAUGUCGUUCUCAUGGAAGAUUUUGCAGCAGUAAUAGGCGUGGCGUGUGCUGCAUCGUGUAUGGGAUUAACUUCUUAUUUAGGAAAUCCGACAUUUGAUGCAAUUGGAUCACUUCUUGUUGGUGGACUUUUGGGCGGCGUGGCUUCAUUUAUUAUUUAUACCAAUGUCGCAGCUUUAAUUGGACGAAGUAUACCGCAAGAAAAUCUCGAUAAAAUAAAUGCUGAAUUAGAGUCUGAUAUUAUGGUCCGAGCGAUUCAUGACGUUAAGGGUAUAGAUAUGGGAAACAGUCUCGUGAGAUAUAAAGCAGAAUUGGAUUUUGAUGGAAGGGAAUUGACAAGAUCUUACCUUGACAAACACGAUCUCAACGCAAUGUUAGAGGAAGUGAGAAAAAUGCAAAAUAUCGAUGAACUUGAGGCAUUUCUUUUGAAGCACGGCGAGAAUAUUGUCGAUUUACUUGGUGGUGAAAUUGAUAGAAUAGAAGUUAAACUUAAGAAAAAUCAUCCUGAAAUUCGACACUGUGAUCUCGAGAUUCUGUAAGAAUGUUGUCUACACUUUUUUUUUCUCUCGACUGUAAAUAUUAAUUUUUAAUAAUAUAUAUUUAAAUGUCUUUACGGAUCUACGACUAAGUUGUACUGGAUGAUUUGAGUGUCAGUUCGAUUUUGUAGCAACAACACUCGCUUUAAUAAAAUGUGUAAAAAUA